UCCACGAAAAACUACAAUCCCACAAUGCAUUUCGCGCUCACUCCGCUCUGCACCCCUUUCUGCCUUGACAUCAGCUGCUCUGCCUCCAGACUACAGAGCAGAGAGGAGAGCAGAGAGAGCUGAGAGAGAGCUGAGAGCUGAGGCAUCCAGCUGGAAGACAGAGAGAGCGCUACGAUGCUGCUUCUAGUCAUUGUCGCGAGCCUCGCUGUGGUGACGUUACUGGUGCUUUUAUUCCCAACACACAUCAGAAGUUAUGCAGCAGGAGGAGUGUGCAUGUCCUCAGCUCUCCUGGAGGGAAAGACAGUCCUCAUCACUGGAGCCAACACAGGGAUCGGGAAGGAGACCGCUCUGGAUCUGGCAAUGCGAGGCGCCCGGGUCAUCAUCGCGUGUCGAAACACGGAGAAAGGAGAGGAAGCUGCAGCCAGUAUACGAGCGGCGUGUCCCCGGGCAGACGUGGAGGUUCGGGAGCUGGACCUGGCGGACACGUGCUCGAUACGAGCGUUCGCACAGAAGUUCCUGAAAGAGGUCAACCAGCUUCACGUCCUCAUUAAUAACGCCGGGGUGAUGAUGUGCCCCUACACCAAAACUGUAGACGGCUUUGAGAUGCACAUCGGAGUCAAUCACUUAGGUCACUUCCUGUUGACGUCCCUCCUGAUCGGGCUCCUGAAGCGCUGUGCGCCGGCCCGCAUCGUCGUAGUCUCCUCUCUGGCGCACAACUUCGGCUGGAUCCGAUUCCAUGACCUCCACAGCCAGGGGAGCUACAACAGCGGAUUAGCGUACUGCCAGAGCAAACUAGCUAACGUGCUCUUUGCCAGAGAGUUGGCGCGCAGACUCAAAGAUACUAACGUGACGGUGAACUCGGUCCACCCGGGGACAGUAAACUCAGACCUCACCAGACACUCGACCCUCAUGACGAUAUUCUUCACCGUCUUCUCCAUGUUCCUGAAAACGCCUCGAGAAGGAGCGCAGACCAGCGUGUACUGCGCCGUGGCCGAGGAGCUGCACUCCGUCUCUGGGAAACACUUCAGCGACUGCGCCCCCGCCUUCGUGGCCCCACAGGGACGGAGCGAGGAGACAUCAAGGAAACUGUGGGACGCGAGCUGCGAGCUGCUGGGUAUCGAGUGGGACUGAUUCAACCUUUAACCUCCGACUAUCUCAGAUCUCAAAGGAGCCCUUACUCUCUCUUAUCAUUCAUUUCACUAUGGUUUCUGUAUUUGAACGUUUCUUACCUAAAUAAGCAGUCAGGUAACUCUGUAGGAGGUACUAUAAUGUGAAGUUGCUUUUUUGUGUAAUAAUGCAGUAAUUACAUGAUAACAACUGGAGUAUUUUGGACGCUUGGAACCAAAACUGCUCAGAAGUAUCACGAUGUAAACACAAAUAACUUUUUGACUCUAUAUUUUUGUGACACAAUGUGAAAACAGUGUAGGCAAAAAAGCAACUUGCUGUGUCGUGAUGCUGUAGGAUACUGUGAAGGGUCGAGUCAGGGUAAAUGACCAGCAUCUUAUCAGAUAGUGUUUUUAUUUCUCCAGAGUAUGAAUACAGCUCAACUGCUUGACUUUUGUGCCAGCGUUUCUAAACAAGUGCAGGGGUUCUUACAGUGUUUCCAGGUUGUUAACCGAAUUAGUAAACCUUGAAGAUAAGUGUCUGUCUGAGCCAUAAUUAGAGCUUCAAUUGCAUACAUGUAUUUUGUGAUAAUUACUAUAGUCCGUUUAGAUGAAAAGAUUUUCUAUUUGAACCAUAUCAGAGUUAGGGUCACGUCACAAAGGGUUCUUUUUCCAUCUGCCAAAUCCUGCAGGAAGAACAGUUCUCCACUUUAAAGGAUCCCCCCCUCCUCAUGUUCCCCUCGCAGCAUUUACAUGAAGGUUGCCAAGAGUUUACAAUCUGUGUUUUAUACAAGUGCAACAUGCCUUUUACUACACUUACAUUCAUGUUAAGAGUUGAAUGUUUACAUAUGAUGUAAAUAAACUGAAAUAUUACUAUAAA